CGUCUAAUUUAAUUUGGAUGUGUUACAGUGGCUCUGGUAUGUCCCUUUCAUUAAAAACAUGUCUGAACGGCAGUAAUUCAUUACACGUUCUGUUCAGUAAAUCAUGAAUGGAAAACGGACAUCUCUGACAGACGUGCAGUGCUGUUAAAGCUCCGCCCUCGUGAGCGACGUUCUGUCGGGGACGCUGAUUGCCAUGGUAACGUUUCGGUCCGCGACACUCACAAGCUCACGGUUGCUGCUGACACUUCACUCUUCAGACGACAACAACAACAACAGCAGCGACCUGUCGAUCCUCUGUCCCUCCACAGCGGCCGAGCGAAACCGACUGCUCUCUCCCUUAACGAGGACACGGGUUUGAAUCACAGCUGCAAGAUGGACAGCGGGAGGUUGCAUUUAUCAGCGCAGGUUAGCAGAGACAGAGUGAUAUCCAAGUUCCCAAAGUGGUACACGCCUGAAGCCUGCCUCCAGUUUAAAGAUCACUUCCACGUUCAAGUGAGAAAUGCCUGUCAGGAUCGACUCACCAGGAAUGUGGGGCUUAAAAUAUCCAAGGUGGUGGUGGUUGGAGAUCUGUACGUGGGGAAAACGUGUCUCAUCAACAGGUUUUGUAAAGAUAUUUUUGACAGGGACUACAAGGCAACAAUAGGAGUGGAUUUUGAAAUAGAACGGUUCGAGAUAGCUGGAGUUCCGUACACCCUUCAAGUCUGGGACACUGCGGGGCAGGAGAAGUUCAAAUGUAUCGCCUCUGCGUACUACAGGGGAGCACAAGUUAUUAUUACAGUGUUUGAUCUGGCUGAUAUUAAGACCCUGGAGCACACAAGACAGUGGCUGGAAGAUGCAUUGAAGGAGAAUGAGCCAGGCUCCUGUUUCAUCUUCCUGGUGGGCACUAAAAAGGAUUUGGUGUCCCAGGCUGAGUGUGAAAGAACAGAAAAUGAUGCUAUUAAAAUGGCCUCAGAAAUGCAUGCAGAGUACUGGUCGGUCUCUGCUAAAACAGGUGAGAACGUGCAGGGAUUCUUCUUCCGGCUGGCAGCUAUAGCUUUCGAGGAAUCCAUCCUCAAAGACUUGGAGAAGUCAAACGGCACUGCAGCCAGGAUUGGAGAGGGCGAUCUCAUCAAAAUUGACCGAAGCUCUGCAGAAAGCUCCCAAAGCAAAGGCUCACCCCAGAUGAACCUGGGCUGCUGCUAACGAGAGGGAAUGGAGGCGGAUGCUGUGUUGGCUUUCACCAGCCUGUGACCAAGUGAAGCCGUGCAAAGAAAUAAGAGGCAGUCAGCUGUACACCAGCAGCAGGGUUGGAUUAUAAUGCUCUGAACAGCACCUGUCUUAAUACUGACAGUCUUAAACUAAGAGUAACUGCAGACCUCAGCUUUACAAACGCCAGGCAACGUUUGGACAACUUUUCCUGACAGUUUAUCAAGCAGUUUGUUUUAGAGGUCAUUUCAAUAGGUAAAGCUGCAAUAUUCAUUGCAACAUUGGUUGAAAUGCCCCCUUUAAAAAGUUGCCUGGUGUUACAUGACCUUUAGCUUUCUUAUCAAAGUACAGGAACUCUUUCCCAAGCUGUGUUCAUUAUUUUUUUUUUAAUGGCUUUUAUAAGUAUUUUCCUAUUUAGAAUGAGAUCUUGACCUGACAAAAAUCACGUGUAACACUACCUUUAAAAGAGGACAAAGUCUCUGCGAUGGUAGCGACAGCUCUGUACGAGAAUUUUCACUUUUGGUUAAAAGAAAUAAAAAUAAGAUGAUAGUUUUAAAUAAUACUUUACCAAAAACAAUUCUGCUCAAAUCUUCUGUCCUGUUUUUCGUUGAUGUAAAGGCAAGAGCACCAGAUUGUGUUGUCUUGAGUUGUCUUAAUCACUCAUGGCAAAUCCACCAAACCGGGACAGCUCCUCAUGUCUCAGUCAUGAGGAACGGGUGGACCUCAUUUUCCACACCUGAUGAAAUUCAGUCAUCACUCCUGUCCUUACAGGCUUGUCGUUUUUGGGUCAAUGUUACUGUCAGGAUGAUUUCUAACAGUAAUGUAGUCUCUGCAGUGCAUUUUCCUUCAGAAGAAUAUUUUUUAUUUUAUUAUUAUGAUUCUUAAUAGGAACUGUGUGUAGAUGAUAACCCAAAUACUGUUUGUUAGCUUUUUUUAUUUCAAUGUUUUAUGUUUUUUAUCUUAAUAAUAAUAAUAAUAAUAAUAAUAAUAAUAAUAAUAAUAAUAAUAAUAAUAAUAAUAAUAAUAAUAUUUUUUUGAGUUAAUUUGAUUUAGUGCAGUUUCAAUUUUCUGUAGUUUUUUGUAAUCUUAAGAAAAUGUCUUGAUGCCAGUAUAAUAUGUUCUGUAACAGCAAGCUCCCCAAAAUAGUGUCACACUGCCAGAUGGGAAAAAACGCAAGCGCAGUGCAAUAGUUUACUUAAAUUAAAGACUAUAUAAAAUAUAUAUAUACACACACACACACACAUCCCAAAGAUUACACCAAACAUUAAACAGUGUUAAUUGUGUUUUUUAAAAUGCAUUUACUAUUACCAGCGAGUAAUGAUGGUUCCAGUCUGAUCAGGGAGAUCUGUUCUUUUCACAGAGGAUAGUGAUGGCAGGCAACAUUGCAGCCAGCCGCACAUCCACAUUUACAUUCAAGGAGAAACGAAUAGUGAUUCUGUUUUGUUGUUUGCCACAGUAUAUGCACAUUUGGCUUUAUCUGCAGAUAUCUCUGUAAGUUCAAUAUAUGUAUAUGUAUAUCUUUGUGAGUGAUGACGUGAUGUGCUUACGAGAAUCUCGAUAUGAAUGCUGUAGAAAGAAAUAAAGCUCAUUAUUAAAAGCA